AUGACCACACCGGACAAAGCGCCGGAAUUACCAGGCGUGGGAAGGGCGGAUGCUGCAGCAAAGAUUCGGCGCAACCGGCCGCAUCCUUUGCUGGAUUACGAGGCCUCGGACGUGGCUGCUAACGAAGCUGUUGCGGCGUAUGCAGCGGCAGUUGGAUUACCGAAGGAGUUUGCUAAUGCAAAAAGCUUGCCGUCUUCGCUCAACAACAAGUUGUGGCAGACGCGAUCUUUUGCUGCCAGCAUGGCAGAGGUGUUGUACGAGGAGGUCAGUUCAGAACGUGGAUCGCCCCAGAUGCACAGAAAAGGCAGGUGCCUCUCCGAUGAAUCGCUACCUUGUCCGCUGGGAAGGAGUCCACCCUUGUCGCCCUCUGGAGGUGUAGCCGCCACAGGUGAAGACUUUGUGCUGCACGAUGCGCUACACGUGGGCCCUCUGGACAUUGCAUCAUCCAUUGGUGGUGCAGACCCAGCUGUGGUGUACGUGAGGCUGUCCAACUUCGCGGCACGGCGACGAGGUUGCCUGCGGCUGCAUCAAGAGGCGGAAGAGGAGGACUUGGACCUGGAACCGUUUUCGCCAGUUCUUCAUCCUUGCAACGGCAAUGGAAGCGGCUUUGAAGCCCGGCGGAAGCGGCGGCGCAGCCGAUCUGGGAGCGACUUCUCACAAACCUCCUCCACCUAUGGAAGCUCGCCAAAUCUGCAGGUCUCGACUGGGCCUGUCCGAGAGGUCUCGGCUGAGUCGACAGGCCUAGAAGAGCUCAGACCCAAGGACCUGGAGGAUUCUGAGAGGUUUCCGCCAAAUUUGGCGCUGGAAAGAUGCAGCACUUGGAGCGCCUCUGGAAGACCUGCCGCUGGAGAGCCAGAGGAGGAGGAAGAAACCGCCAGCAUCCAGCGGCACCUCGAAACCAUGAAUGCUGCUGCGGCGGAUCUCAAUGCUGCGCAGGAGUCCCUCAAUGCUUGCCUGAAACGUCAGCGCUCACUGAUCCAGCUAUGGGCGGUUGUCAAUGCUACUCUCAGUCUUUGCGCAUGGGUCGCUCGCGUUCGAUUUGCCCAGGCCUGCGCCAGGACUGAGGAGGUUAGAGACCUUUGUCACGAAAUCCUGCGACUCUAUGGCAACCCCGAGGUCUACGAGCAAGCCAACUCUUUAAAUCCUGACAGGCGCUGCCACUUCUUGGAUACAUUCCAAGACUUUCUGGAGGAGAAGUACCGAGACCUGCUGCUGGCAGAAGCAACCAUUCCUGGUCCUGACAAAUCCUUCACUUGUGGAAUGACAGACUCCAGCUGCAACGCCCGCAUCCGCAGAUGCCGCCGCGGAUCGCCUGGGCAUUUGCGCUUUGCCACCCUGCGUCAGGGCCUACGAGCCUCAAGGGGAGAACCUGAUGCAUUGGAGGCAUGUCUGAGCCAUUCCGUGGGACGGCCCAUCCCAAAGUUGAUCAAGCAGCUGGUGAAGUACAUCAACAACUUUGGAAGCCACUCCUGGGGCUCUGAACUCUUUGAGAAGCAGAAGGAGCUUGCAGCUGAAGCUUGGCCGAAAAGCUCCAUGGGAACAUGGCCCGUUCUCACGCACAUCUACCGCAGGCGACCGUGUGGUGUGACGGAGUCUGGGCGAGCCAAAGAUUUGGAGAAACUGGCAAAGAUUGGGGCUUCUGAGAUAUCGCCUUUCUUUUUCCCCGAGGAGGCCGCAGCUUGUUCGGUCACCUUGAUCACCGAGCCAUCGAUGUCAUUGGCUGGGCAAGUUAUGAGUAUCGCUCGGGAUGGAGAAGGCACUCUGGAGAGGAUCUUCCUCGAUGAUCAGUUGCCUCCAGAAGCAUCCAGCGAUGUUGCUCAGGCUCGAUUUGCCAAGGGGACGAAGUUGACCGUCAUCGAGCCCAUGCUCGUGGUUUCGCGCGAUGGCCUCCGUGGCAUGGCUGUCCAAGCCGGUGAGGCUCGGCGGCUUUCGGUGGGGAUGGAGCCUGCCUUGGCGCGUGCCGCCGGCAACAAAGCUGUGGCCUCACAGAAGUUCGCAGCUGCAGCUGAGCUGUACUGCCUUGGACUGCAACAUCCAGACCUGGAUCUGCUGGUGACGAUUCUGUCCAACCGCUGCCAGGCGCACCUGAAAAGCCGAGACUAUGGCGCUGCUGUGUGCGACGCGGCAUUGGUAUUGCAGACAAGAAAUGACGCCAAGGCCUGGGCCAGAUACAACCAAGCCUUGAGAGGCUUGAAAGCAGAACAUCUGGCAUCGCGAGUGGAUGGUCUCCUCCAAGAUCCCCUUGAGGCCGAAGUUAUGGAGUGGAGAGCAGUGACCAAAGCUGCGGUCAAAGCCGCAAUUGAUUAUGCAGCUCAAGGCCCUUGCAACGUGGUGAAGCCCGGAAGCCUUGUGGCAGCAAAGAGGGCAGUGGAGAAUGCCAAGGAAGCAGCCAACAACGAGUACAAGCGUGAGGACUUUGUGGCGGCGGUUGAAGGCUACACCCGAGCGCUCGCGUGUGAUCCCGCCUUGGAAGAUGCCGCCGCGAUCCUUGGGAAUUUGGCACACUGCAGGCUUUGUCUUGGGCAGCCGCAUUGUGCCAUCGCCGCUGCGGUGGGGUGCCUGCGCUUGCGACCAGCUUGGACGGUUGCAGUGAAGGCCUUGCACCGUCUCUCUGCGGCCUUGGCUCUGGCAGGAGAGCUCGCAAUGGCUGACGAGUCAGCUCAGCAGUUCGAUGCUGCCAUUCCAAGCGGCGACGCUGGAAUCGAGACUGCUCAAAGACAAUGCGAGAAAUUGGUUCAUCUCAGAGCUCUCCUCGAAGGAAUUCGGAAGGGUGGUGCGAUCGAUCCGGAUGCCCUGUGCAUGUCGACCCCCUCCAUGGCUUUAGAUUACUGUGGACCCAUCCAGCUGAAGGAUGGAGUGCGAACCACUCAGAAAGUGAGCAAAGGUGCAUUGCUUUUACUGGUGCGGCCACUUGGUGGACUAUCUUCUGAAGCAGAGAGCCGGACUUUGCAGGAAAGAACUAUGCAAAGGAUUCAACAUUCCAACGCUUUGUGCAAGCGCUUGAGUUACUUCUGCAGCGUUGACAUUGCAACCAAAGAAGUUGCCGAGUUUCUGCGGAAUCUGCCCAGUGAGCCAACCCAAGAGAUGUGCAUCGAGUGGUUGCUGCUUUCGGGCCAACGACCUCAACUUCUGCCACUCCUUGGCCAGCGCCAUGAAGUGUGGAGCUGCCGGACGCCCAAGCUGGACGGUUGGGCGUUGGAUGGCAUCAUCGAACGCUACCGGAGGUCCUUUCCAUCGAGGAAGCGUCGCUUCGGGAUUUUCCCCGCCUUAGAAGUCUUCCACAGCGCAGCUGAUGUGGCCAAGAUGGCCAACUGUCAGCUGGUGCCCUGUGGUGAGGCCAUUGCAGUCGUUGCAGCAGAGGAGCUUCAAAGUGAACAAGCACUCCUGCUGCCAGCAGCGCCGCUGUACAUUUGCCAGAAGCGCUGCAAGGUGGCACAGGCUGCUGUGGAAGAAGCUGGGUACUCCAUGAUGACUGGUUCCAAGGAGGAUACGGAGGAGCUGAACAAGCAAUACGCUUUGCGGCUCCAAGAGUUUCAGGAUGCCAGGAAAGAAAUGGCGAAAAUUGCGGCCAAGAAGAAUGCUCCAUCAGAAGACAUGAUGGCAGCAGUGGCUCCAUACUUCGAAGCAGAGGAGGAGCACCGUGGCCAAGUCUCGGAGGAAGACGCGCAGGAGCAGCUGCUGCGCCAGGUGCUGGUCCAGGCCAAAGCCAGGUACCACGGCGCCUUGCGGAGCCUGGAGAACUUGAGCAAUCAGGCUCAUCUUCGACGGUCAAGCAGUGGCGGCCUGGAUGCGGUGAGCCGUACUGGCACCAAUGAGACCGAUCGCCAAAGCUGCUCGAAAAGAAGCCCAGUUCAGACGCCUGAGAGGCCAAUGGCAAGCAAAGUUUUGCCUGGCAAGAGCACCGCAGAUUCCAGGCGCCGGUGGACUUCAACGCGCCUGCAGAAGGACGUCUUCGGAGAAAACUCUGAAGAUCUGGCUGAAGAGAUUGAGGAUGAAAUGCCUCCAAGCUAA